CAGUGACAGGACUGAUGACUUCUAAAUUCCUUGGGUUUUCCCUAGAAUUCCACCAUGACGGUGUCCUACACGCUAAAGGUGGCCGAUGCUAAGUUUGGAGGCUUCUCAAAGUUGCUCUUCCGAUGGAAAGGAAGCAUUUACAAGCUUAUAUACAGAGAAUUCGUGGUCUUCUGCCUACUCUACAGCUUCAUCAGUGUUAUAUACAGGUGUGUCCUCAAUAUCGAACAACAGGAGAUGUUUGAGCGACUUGCACGUCAUUGCAACAAGUUUGCUAAACUCAUCCCUAUGUCAUUUGUUCUUGGGUUCUAUGUCACACAGGCGUUUCAACGCUGGUGGGGUCAAUACACAAGCUUUCCCCUGCCAGAUAACCUGAUGAUGGUGGUAUCUGGGAAUGUCCAUGGCACAGAUGAAAGAGGCCGUCUGCUGAGGAGAACUCUGAUGAGAUACGCAAACCUGUCAUCGGUCCUCAUUCUGCGCUCCAUCAGUACACGAGUACGCAAGAGAUUCCCAACCCUGGAGGACAUUGUGGAGGCAGGAUUCAUGACUGCAGAGGAGCUCAAGAAACUAAACCAUCUGUACUCUGACUUUAACAAAUACUGGAUGCCACUUGCAUGGUUUGCAAACCUGGCUUCACACGCGAGAAAAGAAGGGCGUGUGAAAGAUGAUAUAGCCUUGCGACUGCUUAUGGAUGAGCUGAACAACUAUAGGUCGAAAUGCAGCAUGCUCUUCCACUAUGACUGGAUCAGCAUUCCCUUGGUCUACACACAGGUAGUGACCGUGGCUGUCUACUCCUUCUUUACAUUUUGCUUAAUUGGGCGGCAGUUUGUGAAACCUGAGAAACCUGAGGAGAAGGUUGUGGACUUGUACGUCCCGAUUUUCACCCUACUGGAGUUCUUCUUUUACGCGGGCUGGUUAAAGGUAGGCGAACUUAUCAUCAACCCAUUUGGAGAAGACGACGAUGAUUUUGAAACCAACCAACUCAUAGAUAGAAACAUUCAGGUUUCUAUGCUAGCUGUAGAUGACAUGCAUCAAAAUCUUCCUCCCCUUGAGAAGGACAAAUACUGGGUGGAUAAGGGUCCUUCAUAUCCAUUAGCUACUAUGAAACCUGUCUUCAUGGGUUCUACACAUGACAUGAGGAUACUUGAGGAUGAUAAUGAGGAAUCUGUACCAACCCCCAAGACACAAAUGCUUGCCAUCAACGUGUGGCCGACUACACACAAAGUAAAAAAGCAGAAGAGCAAGAGCUUGCAGCAGUCAUGUCUUUGCUGCAGAUCUACAUGUAAGGGAGAGCGCUUUAGACAUGAUCAGCCUUCCAAGACCUUCCAAUCACCACAGCAGCAACAAACCAUGACCAUUCAACAUGUCUGCCAGGAAAAACUCUUGGGGUCACCUGAAACUACAGGACCAGCAAACCUAGACCCAUAGAUAAAUGUGCCACUUCCCACUCAGAUUUGACUUGUCACGUAUUAUGUACUUGCUACAAUAUUUGAACCCUCAUCCCUUCUUGUACUUUUGACAAAUGUACACUACUGUUCAAAAGUUCUAGGUCAGUAAGAGUUUUUAAAAGAAUCAAUAAUUCGUUUAUUCAUCAAUGAUGCAUUAAAUUGUAUAAAAGUAUCAGUAGAGAUGUGUUAGAACGAACACAUUUUCACUAAAA